CCUCCGUUCCUAUAUACCUGGCGUAUAAGAGUUUUUGCUAAGACCAAUGACGCCCGGCUCGAUCGUAUUUUGGACGAAAGUACCCUCCCCGUGCAAUAUUUCCUUGGUUGCUUAAAUGCCAUCGCAGCCGAACCGUCGCCUGCAUGCAUGCAAAUACUCACGCGUAGCUUCUUCCUUGCUGCAUGCAGACCGUCGCCGCGUGCAGUCCCAUUCAAAUACUCCGCGCAAAUACUCCGCGCCCAGCUCCAUGCAAAUACUCCGCGCCAUACAAAUACUCCGCGCCAUGGAAAUACUCUGCGCCCAGCUCCGCGCCCAGCGGCAUGAAAAUUUAGGCCGUAGCCAUGGCGCCCAGGAAAGUUUUUUGAUUUCUUCCAUGGCGCCGCAAAAGUGCAGUAUAAAGAGAAGACAUUUAGUUGGGCAAUUUGAUCCAUAGAACCACUCGCUCCUCCUUUCUGUCUUCCAAUGGCGAAUUUCGAUCUAAACAAUCCGAUAAACUUUGAGGAGAUCGACCAGCCUACUCAUCCAGUCAUCGACUUAAACGUUGAUCUGAUGUGCGAUGAUGCUAGUGUUGAAGAUGGACAAGCCCAAAGUGCUGUCGCCGGCGAGGUUCACGGCGUCCAUGCACAUAGAGAAGAGGCCGGUGCUGGUUUUGUCACAAGACGCGGGAAAGUCGGUGCUGGUGUUCACGCGGACCAAGUGCGCGCUCGGCUCGGACUCGCCGGACGCGGUCGCGGCGCUGGUUUUGACGCAUGCAACGGGCACCCCGGUGAUGGUGUCCUCGCCGGUCUCGGAGUCGCCAGGAGCAGCGCCCACGAGCAAGACGUUGCUGGUGUUCACGCCGCACCGGUGCGCACAAGGCUCGGACUCGCCGGACGCGGCCGCGGAGCAGGUUUUGACGCAUGCAGCGGGCAAGCCCGUGUUGGUGUUCACGCCGGACGUGUGCGGGCCAGGCUCGGACUCACCGGGCGAGGACGUGGCGACUGCGGAGUCACCAGUAGCAGUGGUCAUUUGAACGAGGAACCCACAAACGACAAACACACAAACGAAGCCGAGGAGAACCAUGACGCCGAGGAACACACAAACGGGCAUGAAAUGAGUACUUUGGGCGAAGAUCGAGAAGAAGAUCAUGCUCAAAUAGACGAGGUCAAUGUCGAACAUGGUGAAGCCGGGCAUGAAAUGAAUCAAGGUGGUAAUGUCAGUAGAAAUAAACAACACACCGAUGAAGAAAAACGGGCUAUAUAUGCCUUGCUCCUGCAUAGAACUUCCUUUGGCGUAUUGAAGCGUGGAGUGACCGCGGCCGUAGCUGCCGAAACUGGUGUGCCUUUGAGAACUGUACAAAGGAUAUGGAAGAAUGGAAGGGAUGGGGGGGUACUCGGAGUGGUGAGCAAGAAGCCAAAUAACUGUGGCCGCAAGAGAAUUGGUUUCAUGCCCGAAACCAUUAAGGACAUACCGUUGCAUAAGAGGACUACUCUUAAAGAUAUGGCGUGUGAGAUGCAUAUGUCAAAGACCACAUUGUUUAGGCGGUUGAAAGAGGGAAAGUUUAGGCGGCACACAAAUGCAAUCAAAUUCACGCUUACAGCUGAAAACAAGAAAGCUAGGGUGCGGUUUUGUCUAAACAUGUUAGACCCCAUUAGCUUGCCGCACGCACCAACUUUUCAGGCAAUGUAUAACAUCAUCUACAUAGACGAGAAAUGGUUUUAUCGGACAAAGCAGACACAGAAAUGCUAUUUGGCGCUUGACGAGGAGGACCCAGAAAGAACUACACAAAGUAAGAACUUCAUAGAGAAGGUUAUGUUUCUGGCCGCAGUUGCGAGGCCUAGGUUUGACAUGGAUGGUAACAUGACCUUUGAUGGAAAAAUAGGCAUAUUUCCUUUCACUUUUGUGGAGCCGGCUCAGAGGUCGAGUGCGAACAGGGCUCGUGGUACAUUGGUAACCAAGGUGUUGCCGUCAGUCACCAAAGAUGUUAGUCGUGAUUACAUCGUGAACAAGUUGUUGCCGGCGAUCAAGGAGAAGUGGCCCGUGGAGGAACAUGGUACCCCCAUAUUCAUACAACAGGAUAAUGCAAAGACGCACAUUGCAGUCGAUGAUCCAACGUUUGUUCAUGCGGCCUCAUCUGAUGGGUUUGACAUUCGGUUAAUGUUACAGCCCCCGAACUCUCCCGACCUAAAUAUACUAGACCUUGGUUUUUUUGCGGCACUACAAGCUUUGUUCCAAAAGUCAUGUCCAAAUGGUAUAGAGGACAUCGUCGCGAAGGUAUUACAAGCGUUCGACGAGUAUCCGGUCGAGAGGAGCAAUCGCAUUUUCCUCACACAUCAAUCUUGCAUGAGAGAGAUCAUUCGGCUAAAAGGAGGGCAACACUACAAGGUUCCACACUUGAGGAAGCAAGUGUUAGAGAGGCAUGGUGAUCUUCCGAUUAGGUUGCAAUGCGAUGCGUCCAUUGUAAACGAGGCAAUAGAGUUCCUCAGUUAAUUUUAUCAAUUGUUUGUUCCAUGCAAUGUUUAACCUUGUUUAAUUUUAUCAAUGGAAUUGCAUAGGAUUUGUGGAGGACUGGAAUUCCUAUGGAAAUUUUUCUGGCGUUUAUCAAUGUUCAACCAUGUUUAUCAAUGUAUAACCGUGAAUAGCCAAAAGAGCACCGUUACCAGGAAGCAAGCAACUCUCCUCCUCGGUGAGCAUCUUCAAGCAUUCAGAGAUGCACCGAGCUCGGCCUCUCCCUGGCAAUCAGAAUAGUUCAUGCAUACAAACAUUUCUUAUCCAUACGCAUGUACCAAAUGAAAAUGAAUUAACCAAGCUAAUUCAUUUGUUUAGCCAUACAAGUACUAGUCCAUGGAUAAAUUGUCAACAAUCAUUUCUUCGAUACAAGCUGCAUUAGUUCAUUGAUACAACGAUGGCACCAAAAUUUUUAGCAUGUCACCAAUUACCUUGUUCUCUGAAUCGGGCGGCAGUGAGUCAGGCACAAAUCCGACUUCGCCGGCUACCCUGUGGCCGCGCUCGUCGCCUUGCCCGUGGCCGCAAUC